UGUUCCUCAGGAGCUAUUCUCCUGGAAUGAUAGAUCCUUGGAUAUUUCAAACUUGGAUAGAGGAACAUAAUGAAUGAGAAGCGAAUGGAGAACGGAAUAGACUCCGAUGAUGAUCUUCAACCCGAGGAGAUACCCGAUUACCUGCGAGACAGAAGAAGAGCCAAGUCCUUACCUGCGUAUCCCGAGCAGGCGAACCUUUACCACCAAAUCUCUCAAAACUGUAGAAAACGCGUAAAGUUCGCGGAUGCGCUCGGGUUAAAUCUGGCCAGCGUGAAGCACUUCAACACCAGCGAGGAUCCCCAGAUUCCUGCCAAAGUGUUCUCCAGGCUGAAAAGUUUCCCGCUUCAUCACGACCGAGACUUCAUGGAUGACUUGAGCGUAAACCUCAAGUCCAAACUGACACUGGAGCGCCUGGUACCGGCUUUCAAGAUGCCCGUCGACUCCAGUGACAUGGAGAUGCGGCUUACGCGCUGUCACAUCGCGUUGGAAAGCGUCACGAGCACACAGUUUGAUGUGCGUGGGAUCAUAAUAGUGAUGGGUACGAGUAACAGGAGAGAGGUUGGUGUCAGGUAUACUUUCAACGACUGGCUGUCGUUCGUGGACGCUCAGGCCAUUCUGAUGCCCACCGAGAACAAAACGCACCGAGAACGCUUCUCCUUCACCAUGUACACGCCUCCCUUCUUGGUUCCGAGUGCAUCUGUGCAUUUCGCAGUGUACAUGAAAGAAGAUAACUGCGAAUUCUGGGAUAACAAUGAUGGACUGAACUAUUCACUGAAGUACAGCUCGACACCGUGUGAGACUGCAGAUUUUCACGCGAUAUGAAGAGAGAUGGUUUUGCGCUUUUACGCACUUGCACCCUGAUCGGAUGAAAAGGAUUCUUUAGUGCGUUUCUGACCUUAGAAAUAAUAAAAAACUUUCGUACCCGACUUUGCCUUAAAAGGAUAGUUCACCCCAAAAUAAAACAUUCUGUCAUCAUUUACUCCUCAUGUCGUUCCAAACCCUUCUUUCUUUGGUGAAACAAAAAAGUAUAUGUUUAUCAAAACCUCUCCGCGGCUCUUUUCCACACAAUAAAAGUGACAAAAAGAGCAUAAAAGCCACAAAAGUAUUAUAAAACUGGUCCACGUGUCUCACAUACUUAACAAGUAUUCUGAAACCUUUGAGAAAUAGACUGAAAUGUUCAUUUGAUGAAAAUCUUCUCCACCAUUGUAGCUCUCAGAACAUGCAUUGCAUUGUCUCGAGACAUGCAAAAUCAAUGGUGUUACUGAAGUCAAACCUGGCACAAAUCAUCUUUAAACGCCAAAUUUGAUUAAAAACAAGCGUGAAUGAGAUUUGAGAUCCAUUCAUGCUAUUUUAGCAAAUAACAAAUAUAGCAAAUAACAAUGUUUGUCUGUUCCGUAUUAAAAGUUAUUCUAUUCUAUUCUAUUGACAAGGGAUACUAUUGCUCAAGUCAUAUGGACUACUUUUAUGAUAGUUUAAUGUUUUUUGUGCAAAUAAUUUGUUUUUUAUUAAUUUUUAGCAUUUUUUGAGCCUCAGUCCCCAUUCACUUUAUUUGAAUGGAAAAGAACACCUGACACUCAAAAAAUAUUUUAGCUUAUUUUUUCAGAUGUACACAUUUAAAUUUCAUAACAAAUUUCCUAUUUAAAUGAAUUACAUUAAAAAUAUUAUUUAUUUAUUUUUUGUUAAAAUUAUUCAAUUCAAUUUGAUGCACAUUUGUUAUAAAAUGUAAAUGUUUUUUGUGUAGAAAUUCUGCUAAACACCUCCUUUUGCAUUCUAUGGAAGAAAUGAGGGUGAGUAUAUGAUGACAUAAUUUUCAGUUUUGGGUAAACUAUCCCUAUAAGCCUCAAGGGUAUGGAUAAAAAAAAUGGGGGGAUGUGUCCUGGAAAUUAAAGCUGGCAAGAGAGACUAACUGGCAUAUAAUAGCUGUAAACUCAAUCUGUGCAUUGGUUCAGCAGGCCAACCUUAAUGGAAAAUGCCAACCACCUUCCAUUCUAAGUGCAUUUCAGAAAAAAAUGGAGAAUAUUUGGAACAUUUGCAAAGGAUCACAAACAUCAAAAGAACUACCGAUAUAUCCCAUUGGCUGGACUUCUGUUGGAAUACUCUUUCACAAAUGACAUUGAUUAAGCUCAAACAUGAAAAAGUGCCUUCUCUAUCAGUAUUGUACAAAUCUCAACACUGUAAUACUGUCUUUGUUCUGCGGACACUUACUGUACAGGGAACAAUUCAGCAGUGCUUUAUCUUACAGCUUGGACAGCUUCAGGUGUCAUCAAUAGAAACUACUGAAAUAUGCUUUUCCAGAUGAAUUAAAUGAACUCGAUGCAUAUCUGUGUUGGACUGUAAAUUUAAAUUGUGGGUGUACUACUUAGAAGUGCCUUGUAGUAGCCUAUGUUUUGUAAAAUGCACAACUCACAAAACAGGUGAACAUUUGUUAAGCGUUCAGUGAAGUGAAAACUGUUUUUAAUUGCACCAGUUACCAUGAAGGAUAAAAAUAUAAUUCUGUUCAGUAGUAACAUAUGAUUGAAAAAGCUUUGGGGCAACAUUGCUGCUAAAUGAAUGUGCUGUAAUGAUAAAUCAUGCAUAUUUUGUGUUUCUUUUGAACAAUACCUGGCAUUUUAACCGUAAUCCAUUUUUUGAAUUACAUAUAAAGCAAUGAGUGUGGAUGGUUGGAAAAAAUAAAACGCAAUGUUUACAGUUCUUUCAGCAUAACGGCAAAGACAUUGACGGCAAUGAAUGUAUAAUAAGCCUGUAUGUGCCAAUAUAAGAUCAGUUAUCUAUCAUUACAAGUCAUUUACAGUCCAUUUGCUGUAGUUUUAACCUCCAAGGACUGUUUGAUUUGGUUCAUGCUUGUUAUUGCCUACAGGCAAAGUGAGAUAGAAGGUGACAUUCUUUGUUUGGUUACAUGCUAAUGGUUGAUAAGCAAAUAUUCUUAAUGCAUGCAGUAAAAUGUUUUCUCUUUUGGAGUUUAGAGCCAUAAAUAUGUCUUAUAUUUCUUAAGACUCUAGUUAUACACGUGCAGUUAUCCCCUGACCUUGACGUAAACAUCAAAUACUGUUGUUUACACAUUCAUUUCCUGUUGUUUAGCGGCAAUUACAUCGUCUAGUACUUCUUCAUGAAAGCAAUGACCCAAUGGUGAGUUUUGCCACCUUGUGGACCCAUUAAUUAUUGCAAAUAAUUCCAAGUGAAUUAUUAAAACCUUAAAGGCUCAGGUAUACUUUGUUUUCUGCGUUCACACUGCAGAUUGCUUAGCCUUUCAAAGUACACUUAUGAGCCAAAACAUUAUGACCAACUGCCUGAUAUGCUGUUGGUCCUCCGCGUGCUGCCAAAACAGUGCCUAACCGCCGAGGCAUGGAAUCUACAAGAUCCCUGAAGGUGUCCUGUGGUAUCUGGCACCAAUACAUUAGCAGAAGUUCCUUCAAGUCCUGUAAGUUGCGAGGUGGAGCCACCAUGGAUAGGACUUGUUGGUCCAGCACAUCCCACAAAUGCUCAAUCAGAUUGAGAUCUGGAGAAUUUGGAGGCCAGUGCAACACUUUGAAUUCUUUUUUAUGUUUCUCAAACCAUUCCCAAACAAUGUGUGCAGUAUGGUAGGGCACAUUAUCCUGCUAAAAGAGGCCACUGCCAUCAGGAAAUACCAUUGCCAUUAAGGGGUGUACCUGGUCUACAAUGAUGUGAAGGUAGGUGGCAAGAGUCAAAUUGACAUCCACAUGAAUGGCCGGACCCAGGGUUUCCCAGCAGAACAUUGCCCAGAGCAUCACACUCCCUCCACCGGCUUGUCAUCUUCGCACAGUGCAUCCUGGUGCCAUCACCUCCCCUGGUAAACAGCACAUAUGUACAUGGCCGUCCAGGGGAUGUAAAAGAAAACGGGACUCAUCGGACCAAGCAACCUUCUUCCAUUGCUCCAAGUUCCGACACUCGUGUGCCCAUUGUAGGUGCUUUCAAAGGUGUACUGGGGUCAUCAUGGGCACAUGGAAAGGCCUGCGGCUACACAAUCCAUACACAGCACGGUGUGUUGACACAUUCUUCCUGUAACCAUAAUUACAAAUUUCUGUGACUUUAUGAAGAUGUUCUGUUGGUUCGGACCAAACGGAAUAGCCUUAGUUGCUCUUGCACACUGAUGAACCUUGGGCGCCCAAAACCCUGUUACCGGUUUGUGGAUUGUCCCUCUUCGGACAACUCACCACUGCUGACCGGGAUCACCCCACAAGCCAUACCGUUUCAGAGAUGCUCUGACCCAUUCGACUGGCCAUAACAAUUUAGCCUUUGUCAAAAUCACCCAGGUCUUUACUCCUGCCCAUUUCUCCUUCAUUCAAUACAUUGACUACGAGAACUGAUUGUUCUCUUACCAUCUAAUAUACCCAGACCUUGACAUGUGGCCUUGUAAGGAGAUGAUCAGCUUUAUUCACUUCACCUUUGAGUGGUCAUAAUAUUUUGGCUCAUCGGUGUAUACUCUUUUGACUGUGAGCGAAUACAAACACGUUUGAUGCAUGCACACUAUGGCUGCUUUGGUUUUGUACUUUAUAUUUACCUAUAUUGAAAAAUAAACUCACCCCCAAAGUAUUCACUGGAGUAAAAAGUAUGAAACCUAGCCCUCAUUUUUCCAGUAUAUAAUGGCUGGACAUUGAUACAAUACUUUGGUAAAUGGAGGAGAAAAGGAGUUUAGAAAGAAAUAUUGCACUUUGGUUAAAUGAAAUAGGCCUGAUUGAUAGUUAACACCACAUCACUGUACUGUAAUUCAUUGUGGGUGCUUUAAUAUUUGAGAGCAAACAGUCCUUGUAUGUAAAGCAGGCAAAGUUUCUAAAUUAACUCACCCGAAAUCACAAUAAGCAUAUCUGGCCCUUACAUUAUUUAACAGAUAAUCUAAUGUAUAACUGUCUGAGUGGAGUAAUUGCAUUACACCUCACUUGAAUACAAAUAUUUAAGAUGGUUAAAACAAAAUGGUAUGAAAACUGAUAUUAAAUUUGGCUUCAAAAUGUAUUGCUUUGAACAACUCAAUUUAGAUUAAUAUCCCUCUUUGCAAAAAGAACAGUUUGUAUGUAAAUGUGUAUUGAUUUAAUG